AUGUUCACCAAAACCCUCUUCUCUUCAGCUGCCAUCGUGCUCUCUGCUCUGGCGGCGGUGAGGGCUGAGCAACACACUAUAAUCUUCACCAACAACUGUGGUUUUGGAACGCCGACCCUGGUCGCCCCAGGUGGUGGUAUUCUCUCGACUGGCGGCGGCGUCACCUUUGAAGGUGAAGCGAGAGGCCUGAUCGCUUACCUGCAGACUGGUGGCUGUGGCUUGAACGGCGAAGGAUGCCUGAUCGUCGAGACAUCGCUUAUCAAUGGCGCUUCCAGCACCGAUUUGUCUCUCAUACCGCCGCACUCCUUCAGCGUCACUACAGGCUUCGGGUACUUCGACGGAUGCGACGGUGCUGGCGCCGACUGCAACAACGGCGGCUGUGGUACGGCGUUCCAUCAACCCUCGGACACAUUCGUCCAAGUCGGCUGCAGUGCCAGCAACGGAAAUCUCGCCAUCACCUUCUGCGACUGA